UGCAGUGCAGAGCUGUAUUAGACAAGCAACAAGAAGCAGCCGAGACUCACUGGAUCCUGUCGAGAUCGUUAAUUCAGUCAGCUUGGAUUGGUUUCAUGGCGCGCGGGAAGGUGGCCGAGUGGAUACGGAAGCGUACCAUGCCGAGGAAGUCGGCGGCCAGGCGCCAGAGCAAGGAGAGCGGUGCGUCCGAGCCGAUACUGCCGAGCGAGGCGGCGCCGAAGAGCUGGAGCAGCUCCAGCGGGGCGCCUAGCGGGAGGGGGGGCGGUGCCAGUACUGGAGUGCACUCGAAGUCCCGGGCGAGCGCCUUCUUGUCGGCGCUUUUGCAGCGGCGGUCGCGCGUGAACGUGCUGGCCGUGCUGUGGGAGCAGGUGGUGUACCACAUGAUGUGGCUGGUGGAGUCCGUGGUGGUGGUUGGAAGGCUCUGCUUCUUCCUCAUGCGCUUCGGCUUCAAGCAGCUCUGAGUCCAUUUCUCCCAUUUCCGCCAUGGCGUUGAGGGUGGAGAAGCAGGUUGCGUUGACUGGUUUUACCUUUAUUUUUCUUUAUUUUGUGCAGACUCGUUUGCCCUUUUUCCGAGGCGUUCGAUCCCUAAAGUUGUAAAUGCCCUUCAGCCCCACUCCUGUGUAUAAAGAAAUUUCUUCUUUGGUUCCAGCUAAAUGUAUACUAUGUCUCAUGAUUAUAAGAUGUUCAGAUAUUUCUU